AUGAUGUACCUUGUAUUUUUAUGGUGUAUUGUACUCGUAUCUGCGGACGACCAAAGCUGUAGGUUGAUUUCCAACAAGCCACAUGGAGAAUUGAAUAUAUAUGGGAAUGGACUACACAGACAAAUAGAGCUCACAGCCGCAAUUCAAGCUAAAACUCGGGUCCCUCAAUGCAGAUUAGUGUACAAAGUGAUGAUUCCCGAGCGAGCAUACGUUGAUGAAAGAGAAAUGCAAAGCUCAAACCCAGGAUACGAUUUUGUAGUGUUGUUUUCAAAGAGUUCCAACAUACAAAUAGUAAGUUCUUAUUACGUGAAGCUGUAUAUAGUAAAGAAAAAACUUUACCUCUCCACAUUUGAAAUAAAAGAUACCGUAUCAUGGAAGGUGCAUCUGCAACCACCAAGUAAUUUGUACCCACGCACGCUUACAUUUAAGACACCAAAUGUAGCAGUAGACUGUAACGGGGAAUUCGCGAAUUGUAUAGCUUUGAAAAUGCACAAUGGUAUGUUUUUUCUAAUGAAUCAGAAAAUUUUCGAGAUUUUGAGAAUGCGUUUUAAUAGGAAACGUUUUACUAGAAAUGUGUUUAUUUGA